AUGAAAGCGAUGGUCGCAGACUGGGAGGCCCUGCUAGAACAGCUGGCCGGACUUGCCAUCACUGUUAGCAAUGCAGGGCCAAUCUCCUCCGAGCUCAAGGAUUCGCUUCGAGGAAUCGUGAUGGCGCACUCCCUGGAUCAUCUGGAGGAGGGAUUGAACAACACCCUGCAUGAGGUCUUUGGAUAUGGUGGCGAGGGGAAGCUUUUGUCGCAAUUGUCCUCGCGGGAUGACUUCUUGAUGGUGCAUGAGACAUUGGAAAAGCUAGUCCGGGUUGAAGCAGGAGUCAAGCUCAACUCAUGCUUACCAGCUCUCAUUCCUCGAAUUGAGACAGCGAUUGGAAUUUGCAAUCGAGCGCCCAGGAAUGCGAACAGGACUGAGAAGCAUCUACACGAGAAGAUUCAACCGGUCAAGGCUUCGGUACCAAAGAAACCAUCAGCAAAGUCAGUGGUGCCUCGCAAGGCGUUGAGGGUGGUGACUGUUGUCCAUGGAUCUGAGUCGGAGGAUGGAGACAGGGAUGAUGAUGAACUUGAGACAGAUGAUGAGAAGACUCACGAGAAGCGAUCGCUUGCGGCUCAAGGUCAGCGGCAACCAAAGAAAGAUAAGGCUGCCCGCCGAAACGUCCUGCAGGAGGCGCUUGACAGGCAGGAAAUCAAGGCAUUCGGGCCCGGUUUUGUUGAAUGCUGCUGCGGAGUUGAGUACGGCCUAGACACUCAUGAUCAGAACCCCUCGAAAACGGCGAGUACGAAAAAGAACGUGAACGGAAAGAACGUGAACACGGGAUCCAAGAGCGAUCAACAACCCAUCCAGAAACGAGAGUACGACCUGAACAAGUACAACCGUCACCUAAAUUCUCGUGAACACCUUGCGUAUAUCAAGCAUGGUGGCACCAAGAAGCCGGCACAGCUGGGGAUCAGAUCGUUUUUUCUACCCCGGGCUGCACCGGCUCCCGCAGAAUCAGGUGGUUCUAAGCCUGAUUUACGUGCUGCAGCCCCGGCAGCUGAGGGAUCAGACAUGCAGGAGUCUCAGCUCACGGUCGAUCUCACGAUCGCCUGCCCCGGGCGGUCUGAUGGGCAGUAUGCUCUUGUUGCUGAGCACGUAGUUGCGGGCGAGUACGGGGGCUCCGGUGCCAUUGCCAAUCACGCCAAAGCGGCGCGAUCACUCUUCCCCUAUAAAUGGGAUCCUAAUGAAGAGUGUGGGCCUGAUAGAAACAGGAGCACUAACCUGACAACGUUCACGGAAGCCGAAGAUGAGCUCCUUCACAUCGAGCUCCUCAGUCUCCGGAAGUGGUACGUUGAAGGUGUGGGCAAGCGGCGUGUCAUCAGGGCAGCUCAGUGCUCUCAGCGCUUUGUCCCCAAAUGUGGUCGCAUAGUGUGCGAUACAUGUCAGGCACUCGAUAAAAACCAAAGUCUGAGACGGAAGAUGAGAUUGUUGGUGCAGCUGGAGCGAGAGAAUGAGCAGCGCACGCAGGCAGAGCGAGAUAAACUAGAGUCUCGAAAGCUCGCUAACACCUCGGCAGUGCUGCUCAAGAAUAUGUCGAAGGAGCUUGAGGAGGCGUUGAAGAAUCCUCUCGUAAACCGCGCUUACAAGAAAAUGCUUAACGCCGACGACCAUAGCGGGGUCUUCUUGCAUCUUUUCCAGCUAGCACAGGAUGUAUCCGGUGCAGAGGUCAAGUCACGCACUGACAUUGAUCGCAUUAUCAGAGAGGUUGUGGAUGAGAAGUUGCUAGCCUCCCAAGUGCGUGUUUUGAUUGGGAAGAUCCCUUUACCAGGCUGCCGUCCAAUUCCGCUCCUUGUAUUACCAAGUCAAGGCCGUGAGACGGCUGAGCAGAACGCCUCUACUCUCAUGGAAUGCCUUGCAUUAUGCCGAGAUGCUGGCAUCAAGGUGCUCUCAUGCGGCUCAGAUGGAGCAGCUGCGGAGGUUGGCUCUCACGACAUUCUCAAUUCAUCGCCCUCAGCCAUAUCAUCCAUUUCCUUCAAGCUUGAAAAAUAUGGGAUCGAGUUCAAGAUUCCAGUUUUCGCUGGUACUGGUCCGCUUGUCACCAUACCUGACCCCAGCCAUGUCCAGAAGGUUACUAAAGGAAAUGAAGAGACUGGCACCCAUCUACUUGUUCUUGGGGAUCACGAUCUAUCGCAUAACUCGCUUGUUGAACUUGCUAAUGUACCAGGAAGUGGUCUGAGGCGGAAGGACGUGAUCAAUGCGGAUUCGCAGGACGAGGGGGCGGCAAUCCGUCUAUUUCACUCGAAUGCACUUGCAGCGUGCACUACUUCCAAUGGCGAAAUUGUCAAAGAGGGCUUUGCAGGUGCCUAUGCAUUCCACUUUGUUGCAGGGGAACUUUUCGACGCAUUUCUAUCUCGCUAUGCCGGAAAGCCGUCAGAACGUUUACGGGCAGCCUUGCGAGCAAAAUUCUUUGUUCACAUCUGGAGUUACACCACCGAGCGUCGGUCUUGGGACCUGAAGCAUGGCCAUCUUGCCGCUCCAUUCCGCCGCAAUUUCCUCUCCAUUCAGAACUUCAAAUCAAUUGAUGCUCUUGCUGAUGCUCUUAUUAAGCUUGCACUGGUUUACCGCGACUACUAUCUUACUGCCCAAAAGGUGGCCCCUUAG